AUGAGGACGCCGGUGGUCAUGACUCUGGGCAUGGUGCUCGCACCCUGCGGGCUGCUACUCACCUUGACCGGCACGCUGACGCCCGGCUGGAGACUGGUGAAGGGCUUCCUCGACCAGCCGGUGGACGUGGUGCUGUACCAAGGCCUGUGGGACAUGUGCCGCGAGCAGAGCAGCCGCGAGCGCCAGUGCGGUCAGCCAGACGACUUGGGCUACUUCGCCGCCGAGCCCGUGCGGGUAGCGCGGGGACUCAUGAUCACGUCGCUGGCCGCCACGGCCCUGGGGCUACUGCUGGCGACGCUCGGCGUGCGCUGCUGGCAGGACGAGCCCCACUUCGCGCUGGCCGGCCUCUCCGGCGUCGUGCUUUUCGCCGCGGGCCUCUUGAGCCUCAUCCCAGUCUCCUGGUACAACCACUUCUUGGCGGAUCGCGCCGUCUUGCCCGCCCAGUCCAGCCCGGUCACCGUGCAGGUCGGCUACAGCCUGGUGCUGGGCUACCUGGGCAGCUGCCUGCUGCUGCUGGGCGGCUUCUCGCUGGCGCUCAGCUUCGCGCCUUGGUGUGCCGAGCGCUGUCGCAGCUGCCGGAAGGCGCCCCCAGGCAGGGCGCGCCGCAGCAGCAUCAGCACCGUGUACGUCGACUGGCCGGAGCCCGCGCUCACGCCGGCCAUCAAGUACUACAGCGACGGCCAGCACCGGCCGCGGCCCGUCCAGCUCGGCGCCGCCAGCCAGCGCAAGGCUGGCUUCCCGAUGCCCCGGCCGCCGCCCAAGGCCUACAGCAACCCGGUGGAAGUGCUCGAUGGGGAGAAGGCUCCCGACUCCCACCACGGCGGGUCCUCCCGCAGCACCCGGUCCUGCGGCAGCGCGCUGCCCUGCGAUUCCGACCUGUAG